AUGGUGGGGUAUGGUCCUGAAACCGAUCCUACUGAGGAUAUGGCUCGAAUGCACUCUCAUAUUGAGAGAGAUGUUGUGGUCGUGGUUGAACCCGCAAGGGGUAAGCACGGCAAGAAAAUUUCGCUUGCAGCUUUUCAGACAUGGGUGCAAGUGACACUUGAUAUUCGUGGAAUCUCCUAUCCGUCUCAAGUUAUUGAAACCGAUGUCGGAGAUUUGAUUCUUGAUCCCCACUUUUGUGGCAGAAUCUAUCUACAAGGUAUGCUGCUGCCAGCCACCUCUUCCGAGCUCAAGCCAUACAAGCUUGGUUACAACUUCACUCAGGGAAGGGUGAACCGAGAUAGGCAAAUCCUGGUUGAUAAGCACGAGGAGGCCAACGGUGUGAGACAGAUUUGGGAGUCUGCAAUCCAGAGGAAUGAGAAAGUUGUGCUUCCGGUCUAUGUCGACUUUCUGCGGAACUUUCCUGAAGCGCCGGAUGUUGAAUCUGCAGACGUUCUUUUGGGAGACGCUACAAAAACGCUUAUUUGGAGACACCUAUUGUGCGAUACAGGAGGUAAACAGUUCUAUUAUAGCGAAAAGUCCAAUUCCAAGGUCAGUGCAACUAAUCAUCCCAUGACUUUACCUUUGUCUGAUGAAAAUGGGGCAGAGUAUUGGGAUUAUCCGAGAUUUACUGAAAAAGGAGCCAGCAAGGCUUCCGGAACUCCUUUGGAAUUUGCUCCGGUCAAAGUCCCUUCUUCGAACGCCGGAAGAGGAACAGAUUAA